ACAUAAAAUCUCACAAAAUGGCCGGAAUCAUCCUCUCACGAAAUCAACCCCUUCCACUGGAACUUCGGAUCAUGGAUCCAAUCACCUUCACCAAGCUAAGUCACUUGUGGGAUGUAUUGCUAAUCAACAGGAACAAUCAAGCAAUCCCAAUAGAGAAGGCGUUGUCAUUAGUUCUCAACAAGAAUCUGAAGUCGAUUAAGGGAUGGACAUUGGAAACGAUCCAGAACUGCUGGCUGAAUCCCAUUCUUACAAUGAAAGGAGUAGAUCCCACUCCUUUUCUUCCCCCACCAAUGGAAGGGAUUCCUCUACCUCUAGAACACCUGUCUCCAGACUCAUGGAUCCUUCGGAAGGCUGUUUGGUCAUCACUGGCGGAGAUAGUGAAAUGGGACGAUUGGAUGCAUGAAGACAGUGCAUUUGGUGGUCACAAAGGAGGAAGCGCAGAACUCUAUGCUCUAGUACCAGCAAAUUAUGCUGCCUUACUACUUCCUAGGAGUCAAUAUGAUGGUUCUGAGCAAGGAAGGGCGGCUAAUCAAGAGUUUAAGCGGAAUGCGAUGGAUAUCAUUAAUCAGCAUAAUCCAGUCGACUCAGAUGGCUUUGCUGGGGGUAUUUGGCUAAUGUGGGAUGACACGAAGUACACUAUAGACAUUCUUAAUGUAGGACCACAAGCCAUCCAUGCCAAUGUCCUGGUCAGAUCUAAACUUGCGAGGUGGAAAGCAAAUAUGCUCUCACUUGUUGGAAGAGUUACUUUCGUCACAUCUGUCCUCUCUUCAAUUCCUAAUUACUAUAUGCAGGGUAUGUUUUUUCCUGCAUCUAUUCAUAAGGAGCUUGAUACCAUCUCUCGAAAUUUCAUUUGGGGUUCUACUUCAACCAAGAGGAAAGCCAAUCUUAUUUCCUGGGAUAGGAUUACUCAACCUAGGAAAGCUGGGGGCAUUGGCAUUAGAGCUAGCAGUGAAGUAAACCAAGCUGCCAUGGCCAAACUUCACUGGAGGAUGAUUACUGAAGUUCAAAAACCUUGGGCCAAAGCAUUCAUAUCCAAAUAUAAGAUUGACCCUCCCUACCAUAAUUUUUCUCAAUCAUCCUCCCCCAUUUGCAAAGACAUCUCUAAAGGGAAAGAUAUUGUUGAAAAAGGCAUCAGCUGGGUUCCACGUGAUGGCUCCAAAAUCAAUUUCUGGCAGGAUAGAUGGAUUCUAAAGGAAUCUCUUUGUUCUGUUUUUUAUGGCCCUUUUAGACCACAUGAUUUGGACAUUACUGUGAAGGAUCUUCUUUUUCCUGAUGGUAAAUGGAAUUUUGAUGCUGUUGCUUAUCCUUUACCUCAGGACAUCAUCCAAAAAAUUGUGGCCAUUGCUUUUCAGAGGCAUAGUGCUGAGCAAGACUCCUUUAGGUGCCCUAGAUGUAGAAAUGGUCUUGAAACUCUUACUCAUAUUUUUAGGGAAUGCCAGUAUGCUGCCCUUUUUUGGAACUCUAUUAUUCCUCAAUCCAUUUCAACAUACAAUCAAAAUCUUGAUUUCAAGAGCUGGAUUAAGUUUGGUCCAUCUGGCGAACCCAAGAGCCUGGGUUCCAAGGAACCCAGCUCACGGGUUCGUGACGAACCUAGGUCUUGGGUUUGCGACAUCUAUGAAAUCUUUGGCCAUAAAUUUGUAUCUGUGCAGGCAAUCGUUCACCACCAUGAACUGAUUGUGGUAGUACCCAUCAAACCUCUCCUGAUCCCUUACGUCCUGCAGCGUCACGUACCCCAGCUCCAUCCACGGCUUCAGCACCUUCAACACCUCCUCGUGAACCCCUCCGGCGUCGUAAAUGAUAAAAUGGGAUCUCUUUCCGAACAGUCUCACAUGGGAUCGUCCAUCUCCAUGCCCGAGCUGGCUACCACUACUAAGAACUUCUCAUCGGAUCUCAUAAUUGGUGACAGUAGCUUCGAACUCGUCGACAAGACCACUCUCUCUAACAGCGUCACCAUUGCCAUCAAGAAACUCAAUCGAUAUACCUUCCAUGGCCUCCAUGAAUUAUGGGUCAAAAUGGAAAUGCUUGGGAAGCUUCGCCACCAGAACAUGGUGAAGAUUCUGGGUUAUUGUUUAAUGGGUCUGAUUGGCACGUGUCAUGCAGCCAUUG